GAUCAAGAUGUGGAUAACGAAGAAAACUCGACCAUUCCUUCGACUAUCGUCAUAGUAAACUGUUUUCUUAAUUUUCUACUGAUGCUGAUUUCAAUUUUUGGAAACUCCUUGGUGUUAGCAGCUGUCAUAAAGACACCUUCGCUUCGUUCACCAUCCAUAAUUUUGCUGUGUGGUCUAGCUGUUUCAGACCUUGUCGUGGGUUUGAUAGUCCAGCCGCUUUUUAUCGCCAAAGUGCUCAAGCCUUUCCACUUUCUAGGGCAGCUGAUGAAAGUUUUGAGUGCUACAUUGUGCGGGAUUUCUUUCGCUACCAUGUCAGCAAUAAGUUUGGACAGAUUUUUGGCCCUGAGAUACCACAUGACGUACAACUCACUGAAUACCACAUCGCGUGCCAAAUUUACUCUGAUAUCCAUUUGGCUUGUUAACUCGCUGUUAUUCUCAGGGGUUCACAUCUGGUAUAAACCUGAACAUUUUUACAUAUCUUAUGGAUUGGUGGGUGUUUAUAUAAUAAUUUCUACUAUUGCCUAUGUCUGCAUUUUCCGAAUUACUCGACGUCACCAAUACGAGAUUCGCGCUCAAUAUCAAACAACGGAAGUUCAAAAUGCAUGUAUUCAAAUUACUUUAAACGUGCUGAUGUUAACACGCACCGCUGUCAACACUUUCGUAUUUUACGCUUGUACAGUUUUUUGUUAUUUACCAUGGAUCAUCUAUCGGCUUUCUUACAAUGAUAUAUCUGUCAAAAAUGCUCGUAGAGGCUGGGGGUUCGCGGUAACGUUGGUUUUUGCGAAUUCAGCCAUCAAUCCGGUAUUGUAUUGCUGGCGUCUUCGUGAACUUCGACUGGCAGUUUCGAAGUUGUUAAGAAAAGUUCAAUGA